AUGCGGCUGGAGGGCGCUGGCUCAGGUGCGAGCUACGUCGUCGAGGACUAUGUGGCAAGUGGCUCAUUCAGUCGUGUCUUCCGAGUCAGAAGAGAAGUACCAGGCGUGCAAGAACCAAAAAGACGAUGGGGCAACUCGAGCGAAAUCCUCGCCGCCAAAGUGAUGCGGAAAGAGGAUGCCUACAUCCAGUACACCUCCAGCGGUCCUGGCGAGGGAGAGCUGCUACAAAGGUUGGAGGCCGCCCAACGCGAGGCGAGCGCGGAGGUCUUGACGAUGCGAUGCGUGGAGUCUUUUGCCACCAAGGACGAUGCCGGCAAGGACUACUGGUGCCUGAUCUUGGAGUGGCUGGAUGCGUCACUCUUUGACGUGCUCCGCAUGAACGGCAACCGCGGUCUUCACUUGUCCAUGGUGCGGGUGAUGCUGACGCAGCUCCUGCAGCAGCUAAAGGUCUUGCAAGGCCUCGGCUGCACACACACGGACAUCAAGCACAAGAACUGCUGUUUGGCUUCCACGGAGCACUACAUGGCAAGCCUGCCAGGUGGUGGAUCGACCAUGAUCCUGACCGAUCCCGUGGUGAAGUUCAUCGACUACGGCAACGCCGUCUUCGAGGGGCAAAAGAAGCCGCACCCCAUCCACACGAAGCAGUUUCGCGCGCCCGAGGUCCUCCUCAACAUCCGGGGAGGAUGGGGUCCCGCUAGCGACACCUGGACGCUGGGAGUGACGGGGGCCUUCCUCGUCUCCGGGCAGCUGAUUUUCAACUCUCACGACCCUCAGGAGCUGAUCCGCCUCAUGGUCCAAGCGCUGGGCCCGUUUCCAGAUCGCCUGCUGGGAGACGCUCAAGAUGCACGUCUGCGACGGCUAGCAGAGUCGGCUAUGCAGGAGGGCAAGGACCCACAGCUGGCGCAGUGGCUGGGUCUGGCCGGCCAAGGCCCGGCAGCAGCCGCUUGCGCCGACCUCCUUCGGCGAAUGUUAGCGCUCGAUCCGAAAGAGCGCAUCACUGCAGAGGAUGCGCUGCGGCACCCCUUCAUCGUGGAGGGUGGCGCAGGGGAGACGGCCACCGUGCCGCCGAGAAGUCCGAGGACGUCUCUUUCUCGCCCAUCCCCGGGUGGUAAAGGUGGGCGAUGA